ACAAGCGUAAGGGAUAAACACUGCCUUGAGAGGACUGUGAAGCAAAGCCAUCUAUUCAAGAAUUUCGGGGAGAUUCUCAAGGCGUGGACAGCCAUUGAGGUCAGAGCUCCAAGAGCCAACACACAAAGACAUAUCCAGGACAUGAGCAAUAACUGUUGCAUUUCUUUUGGUCACAGAGUCUGGAGGAAGUUUGAAGAGGCACAGAAUCCAUGUUGCUUGAAGCCCAGCGUGACGUUUCCCGUCAGAGCCAUGUCAUCUGCUGUCUUUGGCCCACUGUGCUUUAUCAGGUGCAAAGUCAGCACAGCCAUCUGCCAGGAAAUUUACAGCCCUUCAUGCUCCACAUGGCAUCGCUGUCCACUUUACAAGACAACCAGUUGCCAGAAGCAAGACGAGGACCAGCGAAAAAGAGAUCAGAGGUGGAGGGGCUGGAAACACAUCGGCUGGUUGGUCUCUGAUCAGAGGAACCCGGACCCGGCCUGCACAGCUCUGAACCGGUUCUGUUCCAGAUUAAUACGUGGCAGACUUGCUGAGUAUGCCCUGCUCACUGAGCUGAAGCCCCCGCUGCUGAAGGAGAGGAGAACCGGGCGAGUCUGUUUGAACGUGGUCAUGGCCAACUGCACCAGUGUCCAGUAUGAGCCUGUGGCAGAAAUUGGUGGUGGUGCCUAUGGAACUGUGUACAAGGCCAGGGACACGGAGAGCGGGGAGUUUGUGGCUCUGAAGAACGUGCGCGUGCAGACAGACCAAAAUGGCCUUCCAGUCUCCACCGUCAGAGAGGUGGCUCUGUUGAAACGGCUGGAGCAGUUCGACCACCCCAACGUGGUCCGGCUCAUGGACGUUUGUGCCACCCAGAGGUCGGACCAGGAAACUAAAGUCACUUUAGUGUUUGAGCAUGUGGACCAAGAUCUGAAGACGUAUUUAGAGAAAGCUCCAGCUCCAGGAUUAUCUUCUGACUGCAUUAAAGACUUGAUGAGGCAGUUGCUGUCUGGCCUGGCAUUUCUUCACUCUAACCAUGUGAUGCACAGAGACCUGAAACCCGAGAAUAUUCUAGUGACCAGCCAGGGCCAAGUGAAGCUGGCUGACUUCGGUCUCGCCAAGAUCUACAGCUGCCACAUGGCUCUCACUCCUGUGGUGGUGACUCUGUGGUACCGGCCUCCAGAAGUUCUGCUGCAGUCCUGUUACGCCACUCCUGUUGAUAUAUGGAGCACCGGCUGCAUUUUUGCUGAGAUGUUUAGACGCAAACCCUUGUUCUGUGGAGAAUCAGAAAUGGAUCAGCUUGGGAAAAUCUUUGAAGUUAUUGGCCUGCCACCGCAGGAAGAGUGGCCGACUGAUGUUACAGUACAAAGAAAAAACUUUCCCCCUCUGAAGGCGCGCUCAAUCACAGAUUUUGUUCCAGAGAUAAAUGAGCAGGGCGCUAAAUUGUUGAUGCAAAUGCUGACCUUUGAUCCUUUGAAACGGAUAUCAGCCCUGAACGCUCUAGAACAUCCUUAUUUCCAGGACGGGGAGAAAAAAAGCUGAAAUCAGUCAGGAUUUUAUUCAUUUCAUUGCCCUUUUAGUACGGCCUGUGAUGUGAAAUUUUAUAUUGUUCUACCGGCAUCAAAAACAAGAGAAUCGGAAGACAAGAGAGCAUCACUGGCUUCUGAACCUUUUACAAUUGCAGAUGUUACGAUCACCAGUGUACAGCACCAGUGUCUUUAAAGUGCAAGAUGUCUGCAGGGACUGAUGUCUUCUCAUCUGAAGUGCUGCUCAUUAGCCUGAAUAAUGUCCACCCUGUCGUUGCAGUGAUUUUUAUUAUGUGCUGUGAUGCUUCUCCAGCAGAACCACGAACAAUGCAAGUCUGUGAGGGGCUUUUACAUGUAGUAACAUUAGGGACGACAGGUGUAUUCAAAUCCCGAGGAAGCAGUUAAAGGAAAACGUUUAUUAUCUCACCAAGAAAACGUGUUUUUGUGAAAAUUAUUUCAUAUUUUAUUUUGUGACAGAGGAAACCAUCUGAAACCAACCAGCACUAGGACCCUAAAUAAAUCAAACCUAAUUCAAUUACUGCCAGAUUUAAUUUGUGUUUUACUAUAUUGAUGGUGAUCUAUAUAAAUGAAUAAAUAUGAACGAUGCAUAAUAACUGAA